AUGGCAACCAGUCGAAUAAAUCCGGAUCGCCCUUCCAUCCGCCUCUCCCCCUCCCACACACGAAAUAAUUCGCGUUCAGCCUCAUUUGAAAGAAUCCCAAGCUCCAUCUACCAACAACUCGACCCUCUCCUUAGCAAUCUCUCCCCCGAAUCAACCCUCCAAGCCCUCACAUCGACCGAUGCAGUCCCUUCGAACGAACAAGCCGCCCAUGAUAUCCUCUCGCGGAGCAUCUCCCAGGUAUCGCCCUCGGAACGCGCCCUAGGAAUACGCGCUGCAGUAGCUGCCCAAAACUUGAAUCUGUGGCAUAAAGAGGUUCUGUCAUGGGACUGGCCAAACCAACGCGACGCAAAGGUUGGUAUGGGGUUCAUUCCUCCAUCUACCUCGAGUUCUGGCGGCAAUCCCACCCCGGACUUCUCGGCUUCCCCUAGCAACACCCAAGAAAGCUACUAUGGAAGCUUGUUGGCCAGCGUGGUCGAGCGAUACGAGAGCAGAGCCGAUGAAAUCCGCGAUGGAAUGGAUGAUCUGAACGUGGAAGAAUUGAAGGAGCACGUUUUGAAUGCCCACAUUCCAUCAAGGUCUCGGCCCUCGUCGGCCACGAGCUGCGUGUCCGUGCCUCCACCGCUCAGCUAUGUACAGCUGAGUGACUUUACGGCUGUCGUUACCGCAACUAUCCUGCGAGCUCUUCCAUAUCUAUCGCGACUGAACGCCCUACUUGCCACUUGGGAAGUUCGCCUUCAUGUUUUACGCCAAAUUCCUGGGCUGCUGAGAGAGCUCAGCUUGACCCGCUCCGCCCUUGACUCCUCCCUCCACGCCUUACAAACCCCACAUUCUUCUGCCUCCGAUUCGAGCGAAUCCUCCGAUGCAUCCCUAGCUGCCGAGCAUGUCAAACUUGAGUCCGCAGUUGUGGCCGUGGGGAGGCGAAUGGACCGAAUCCUCGACGCGUUGGAGGGUCGUCCAGAUUCUUUGCCCGAACAAUGGAUUGAUGACUUAGAAGCCAUUGAGUCUGACUUUGCUACAUGGGUGGUGGAGGCUGAUAAAUGCAAGGUUCACAAUGAGUGGUUGCGGUCAAAAGCCGAGUCUGAAAUGGCCGCGAUGCGUGCAGCCGACCUCCAGCGUGCAGAGUCAUCGAAGGAAGCAGGGCAGGACCCAACGCCUGAUACAGCUGUAUCGGAACCUUCAGAUGAUCUCCAUUCCCCCCAGGAGCCCGCCGUCGAACCCGAGCGUGAAAUCCAGUGCGGCCUCUCGUCCGAUGACGCGAGAUCAACCAUCCCACAAUCUAUUGAACAAUCGACGUUGCCUAUUGAAGAAGCGCCGCUUCCUACAGACUGUGUUGAAGGGAACUCUUCGCCAAACCUAAAACUCUCGAUAUCUCUGGCAAAGCCUCCAAUCGAAGAGAAGCAAGAAGAUCUCACACCUGUGGCCGUGGCAGAGGACAUAGACACGCCAACACAGUCCGACUUUCCUUCAGCUUCUGCGAUCAGUCGACAGCUCUUUUCGACCCCUGAAAAUAUGCCUUGUGCGAUUGAUCGCACCUUGGAAAACAAGGAAAACAUUCCUCCGCCCGGCUUCCAACAACUCGACGUAGCUAUGUCACCACCCGGCCAACCUUCGACAAAACCGAGUCCAUUGUCCGAGAACAAGGCUCUAGCUGAAGACCCCUUGCUUCAGCAUUCCGCUACACCUGAAAUGGAAGACCAGCAUCCCGAUCUAAUCGUUUCUGUGGGCGUACCCGCCGCUAAAGAGCUCCAUCCCUCUCAUAGUCUCUCAGACUUACCUCGUGAUACGGUGCCGGAUGAAAUAGAAACCAAAUCCGGUGAUGAGGAAAAGCCGCAUACUCCACACUCCAACCCAACUGAGCCCAUUUCUGAGCCGAAAACCAUUAGUUCCCCUGUUGAUCAAGAUCCUAAGUCGCCGAACAGGCCGAGUGAACCGAAUCAGUUUGAUACUCCGGUAGCAGCAACUGUCUCCCCGGUGUUCACACCGAGCAGGUCAGACAUCCGAGUACCGAAAUCAAGAACGUCUGGUAGGGCUUCCCAAAUACCCAUGGCUGUGGCGUCACCUAAGUCGGGUUCAAACCAUACGCCCGUUAAGUCUCACCCGCCGUCCAAUGAAGGGACAGCAGAGCCUUGCCAACGAACUGUUCGCAAGCCGCUACAGAGCCCUAUUAAACUGUCCAAAUCCCGGUCAGGGAAGGUACUCGACAAAGAUGGUAAAGCGACGCACAAAAUCACCCAUCGUCGUCGGACAUCUACUGGAUCUGUGGGCUCCUUGCUUUCAGACCAUUCUUCUCUCAUAUCUAGCCCCGAGGCACUUGAGCCGCGCACUGCUUCCUCUCAUGGAACGCCUGCUGGGACAGUAUCCCACCCUAAAUCCAUACAUCCUCCUUCCCAUGGGGCUUAUACCCUGAGAGAGGAUCGUCUGCGUCACUUAGAAAACCAGAAGCCUGACCCGCGAAUUUCUUUCCAGCAGAGUCGCGCGGUCAGCCUUCCCCUCGAGCGGUUUAUCAACGAACGCUUGGAUUUGGGCCUGGGAAGUGAGUCGGCGCCAGGUGUAGCUAGUGUGAACCCGUCUAGGACUAGGACACGCUCUGUUACAUCUGCCGACUUCCCCCAACCCCCAAAGACAAGAACCAAAAUCACAUUCCAGGAUACUUCUGCUGCAACUAUCCCACCGGUUCCACGUCUCCCUACUCGCCACCAUCAACUGUCCCGGGGGAAGUCUGCAAGUGACUUGAAAUCUCAGAACGAGAUGGCAAAGAUUGCGGAACGAAACAAAAAGACAUUUGGGAUGAAUUCCGCGCGAAGAGCCAUGGAGCACCUUCUUCAGCCCAAGUCUCUUCGAUUGCGGCAGCGACUCACUGCCCAUCCAAGUCUCGAAAGCCUGGGUGUGAAGAGACAAGAGCUGUCAUAUGUAGAAGAGCAUGAAUCUGAGCGCACCGAUUUCGGAUUCCGCCCUUCCUCGCCAACCAAACACAACAAGCAACCGCGGGACCAGCUGGACGAAAAGAUCAACUCGAUUCUCAACUCGUUGCCUGGUCACAUCCAUAUGGUGGACUCCAACCACGAAGUAGACACAUCCUCAUCAUCCUCAUCCUUGGACCGACGCAUGCGGCACGGAUCUGAAUCUCCCACCGGUCCAACUCGCAGCAGCACUCCAGCGCCUUCUAUGAUGCUGAUGCCCGCUGGUCGGAGACGGCAUUCUCACGCCUUCAAGACAGAGGAUAGCUGUGUCAAACUUUAUCACCUCCACCACGGGGGCCAAUCUGCACCAACAAAACUGUUCGUUCGCACCGUUGGUGAAGAGGGGCAGCGUGUGAUGGUUCGUGUUGGCGGUGGAUGGGCUGACCUCGGCGAAUAUCUUCGCGAGUAUGUCAUUCAUCAUGGUCGCCGUAAGGUGUCUGAAACGCCCCGUGUGGAGGUGCAGGGCAUAAAAUCACGUUCUUCGCCAUCUUACACUUCUCCGGGUACUAUGCUGACCCCGGCUACCACAUAUCUUACCUCCGGCCGGGCUACCCCCUCCCGACCACCAUCCGUACUCAGUGCUCGGCCACCUUCAUCCCUUACCGUUCACAAGAAACGACGAGGCUCAACUGCGUCUGAUGCAAUUGGCACCAGAGCAGUGACUACAGGCCACAUACCCUCCUUCACCUCACCCCCACCCGCUGUCGCCCAUCUCCCUUCCUCGACCGGCAGACGUCUUUCGGUGUCUUCCACCUAUUCGGUCGGAGACGCCCACUCCCCCAUUAACACCGCUUCUGCCUCCACGGCCAACGAAUCCCGUUCCACUCCGCUGGGCUUAGCUGGUCCUAAACCGCGUGCUCGGUACGAAUCCAUGAGCCCAGAGGGUGAAGCCUGGGUUGCAGGUAUUCUCCAAAAGACCCGCCGCUCUAGCUCUCAUAACCCACCUCAAUUCGCACUGAGCAUGCAGCCAGACCACGUUGCCGAUGACCGAUUUAGUAUUGGCGACGGCAGCGUGGUUGGACAUUCCUUGCCCAAAGUUCGCAGCAUUGGCGAUAUCGGGUCAAUCGGCACAAGCAGACGGGUCGUACUGAAAGGUCUUGGAUCUCGCAGGCCGUGA